AUGCUAAUUAAUCCAAAUGCACAUGCCAUUUACAUGAAAUCAUGCACGACACCUCCGACUAUAGAAGUCGCUAUAUUUCAAUUAGCGGGUGUUACUCUGCGGCGUUCAGGUACUCGAGGGGCACUCCUUGAGGAGCCUGAUGACCUUGUCGCCCUCGACCUUGUAGUACUUGAGCACGGCGAGCUUGACCUUCUUCUUCUUGUGCUUGAUCUUCUUGGGGGUGGUGUACUGCUUCUUCUUGCGCUUCUUACCACCACCGCAGACGUCGAUGUGCUGCACAAGGUCGAUGGUGUUGUCUUCACCGAUGAGCUCAGCGAUGGGUGUGGCGUCUUCGGCCUCGACGAUUCCGGCCCAGAGGGACUGGAAGCAGUUGGUCAAGCCGUAAAGCUCGGCAAUCCUGCUCUUGAUUUCGGCGACAGUCUCGAGACCAUUGACGUCGAUAACGGCGGUGCUGCCGUUGAAAAGCUUGAUGAAAACCUGAGCGCCCUCCAUGGUGGGAUAGCUUCGGUGGCUCAAUUCGGGCUUGCUAUUAUGCUCCUGAGCAAACCCAAACUUGAGCGUGAAAUUUAG